AUGGCAAACUACGUUCGUCGGAUCGUCUCGGGUGCCAAGGCCCGCCAUGUCGACCCUGAACUCAAAGCGGAUCUGGACCUCUGCUACAUUACCGAUCGGCUCAUCAUCAUGGGCUGGCCUGGGAGCAGCUUCGAGGCCCUCUACAGAAAUAGCCGCAAGGAGGUGAGGAGGUUCCUCGACAAGAAGCACGGCGAAAAGUACCGCGUCUACAAUUUAUGCCCUUGCACCGAGAACAGAUACGAGGCAGGCGAAUUCUACGGCGCUGUGUCCCGCUACCCUUUCCCCGAUCACCAUGUUCCACCUUUGAGCAUGAUUCCCAUGUUUGUCGCCGACGUGACCGCCUACCUGGCCGAGGAUCCUGAGAACGUCGCCGUUAUUCACUGCAAAGCUGGCAAGGGCCGCUCAGGUACCAUGGCGUGCUGUUAUCUCCUCUCCCUGCCCAUUCUUCCUCCACCGCCCCAGGAUCCAAGGAACCUUGGAAGCAAAGAGGAGAGGAAGCUUGCCCAGGCCUCAGCCUCGUCACCCAUGUCAGACCCUUUGCCGCUUCCUGCAGAAGCGAGGGACGAGCAAGCAGAGGACCGGCUCGCCAACGGCAUCGUCAUGGACGCCAACAGUAUGCGCCCUGGUAUUGCUCUUGAGACGAGCAGCAGCGAGGAUCAUCCAAAUGUGCCAUGGAUCGAGCCUUAUCUGGCACAGUCGCCAGUUGCAGAGGAAAAUCCAUACAACAGCAGUCUCGCCGCACCAAACCAGAUCGAGGUUGGAGGAAGAAAGGAAGCCGACUGCCAGUGCCAGGCUGAUCAACGGCGAGUCAACGUCAACGACGUUGAGGCAGUGGCCGAGAGACUCAGGGCUGUAUUUGAGCUGCAUACAUCUAGGAGGCUCAAGCCGGCCAAAGCCGCAUCCUCGCCGAGAGUGCAAAAGUCCUUCUCUAACAUUCGCGGCCAAGCUACGGAGCAGCAGCAACAGCAACAGGAAGCGAGGAUGAGCAUGGAGCAAGGCAGGAGAAGGCCCUCAUUCGGAUCGGGUGUGGGCAAGUUGAUUCGCCAAAAGAGCCUUCAGAAAAUUCAGAAUCGUCAGAGGUCCAAUUCUGUCGCCCCUCCUAACAAUCGGCGGCCCAGUUUCAACCUAAACGAAUUGCAGAGCCACACAUCGUUACAAAAGCGGAGAAGCAGCAACGUCGAGACGGGGGUGAGACCAAGUCUGAGGGCUCUGGGUGUCAACCCAGCAGGGCGAUCCUGCAUCGACCUCUGCCAAGCCUCACCAGCUUCAACCGAGGAUCGACUGAGUGGGGGUGUCCAGCCUCUGUCACCCAACCUUGAAAUGGGCGCCGACCCUUGGGCUUCGUCUACCUCCUUUCAGACACCUUUCGAAAGCAGCACGCUCCCAUCACCUUUUGAUGAGACGCCCACGCGCAUCAGUACUGGGCAAAGACUGAUUGUCUUUGAGGACGACAAGAGAGCAAGGCAACAUCGGUCGGCCUCCCGGUCUGAUUCACACGUGCCGGGAACCUCAGCGACCGACUUUCAUCACAGCAGCGACGGUUUGACGUUUGCCUCUUCCCUCAAUGGCGAAGGCAAUGUCCACAAACAUGAUCAAGGCCAAGGCAAUGGGCCAUUAUCAUCCGGCAACUCCAUGGCACCUUCCCCUUCUCGAAAUGGCAACAGCCGUACCCAUGAAAGUCAACGAAUGUACCAUUCGUCAUCUGGAAUUCCUCGACUGUCCAGUGACAGCAAUGUUGGAGCGCCAGAGCCUGCCGAAGAAGGUCCAAGUCAGCUCGACGAAGAAGAGGAGCCAGAGCAGCCACGUUUGGCCGUCUCUAUUCCUUCUCAGAGACGAUGGGUGGGUUAUUGGGCCAGGAUGCUCACCGACCAAGACCCUCGCGCGUGUCUCGACCCCUUGAGGACUUCGACGAGGCGUCGCUUGGUGCGCAUCACUCGCAUUUACAUUGACCGGCGAAUGACGGCAAAAGAUGCAAUUGGCUCAGGGCCAGUCCGUGCGGGCAUGUCGUCACCCAACGGUAGCGAUGCUCAAUUCCACAAUGGACUCGUCGGCAGCGUCGACAAUCUUAGCAUCCAGCUUGGUCGGUACGAUGAAGGCCUCGUCUCGCGCGUCGAGAAUUGGGAAAGGUCGGCAAGGCGUCGCACACGAGCAUUUGGGAUGCUGGACCCUAGCGAUGCCGCGCCAGAGCUUUCGCCGGCGUCGUGGGAGAAAGACGGUGUUGAUGCAGAAGCACUUAGCAAGCGCAAACGAGAGCAAUUACAAAAGGAGGACGAUGCAAGGUGGGAGAGCUGCGGUCGAAAAAACAGUGAGAGCAGAACCGAGUCGGACAAGAGGCUAGCACAGCACGGAAACGACCGAGGGGUCGGCCAGUGGGGAAUCAAUGUCCUGGGCGAGGCCGACCGUGUCCGCAACUUUGAAUGGGAUGACGGACCAAAAAAGGGCACCAGCAAUAAUGCCAACAACAAGGGAGCAUCCACAGGCCAGCUCGACUACUUUGAUCUCGUCCCGGAGGCUCGGCGUCAGAUAAUGCAUGGCCAGCAUGCUCUCUCUGCAAUGAGCACGAUUGACCUCCAAGGGACGUACCAUACCACAGGUCCUGCAACUCACUCAUCGAUAAAGCGCUACAUCUUCGAGCCUGGCAAUUUAUCUGCUUACCAGAAUGCUGCUAGCGCUUCUCCUUGGACCGCCAGAAGCAAUGGUUUGGAGAGCCACGACGGAGAGAACGGACCAUCGGUAUCGUCAACGAACCUCAUGUCCAAGGUCACUGAAUCGUUUCGCAUGACACGAAAGAAGUCUAUCGCGGCCAUUCGUCCUCGGAGACACCGGAGCGAUAGCGACUCUGGUCCAAAUACACCGUCGGGUGCCGCCAGUCCUGCGCAUCGCGUUCCUCCCGUCCCACACUUUUCAAGAACUUCGUCGAGUGAUGCGCUCACCCCUGAGCAUGGUCAUCAGCGUCACCAAGGCGAGGCAUAUACGACCUUCGGCAACUCGAUUCCGUGCUCGAGCUAUACACCACGGUCCAUGUCCUCCAGCAACGAGAGCCAGGGCGGUGCCAAUGUCGCCUUUUCUGGCACAAUUGCGGGCGGCCGAACUCCUGGCUGCAGAGACCCCUCAUCAUCUAACUCGCCCACGUCGUCGGCAUCAACACCACCACCUGUGACGGGGCUUGUCGUCGAUGCGGACCGUGAGCUCCUUGUCAAAGUCCUCUGGGGACGGACUGGCACUACGCACGCCAAGCUCCCCGACUGGUCUUCGGCUGGCUGGAUUUGGAUGAUUCCGUCGUUUGAGGACCCGAUGUGUUGCCCCACAGCUUCUGGAAAGAAGGCGAGAGUGAAGGUGGGCAUGAGGACCGAGGCAAGAUUUGAGAGACAAGAAAUCGACUUUCGGAAAAAAGGAUCGGCGGCGCCUGGUGGAGAUGUGAGGGCUAUCGGUAUCGAGUGGGAGUGGGUCGAUGUGGGCGAGGAAAACGACGAGGACGAGCAAACGGAUGAGGAGUCGGAAGCUUAA